GUGGACAUGUGUGUGGGGCAGCCUGCAGCAUAGCAUCGUUCGGUCGGGUCAAGUGAAUCAAGACCAUUCACUGCAUCGUGCGGCAACCGGUGGAGCACUGCAGCAUUCACUCUCAUCUCCGGGACCAAGGAGGGCUUGUUGCCUCAGGCUGUUGAAUAGCCGGCUGACCCUCCCUCUUCCAGCGUCUGAAGGUCUCCUGUUAGAACUUCCGUCGACGUCCUCUUUCGGCAAACAUCGCACCCUCUUUCGCACAAGUUCAGUAACGUCUCCAAACGACUUUCGAGUUCUACGCAGCCAAAAUGUCUUUCCCCAACGGAACCCCCCCUGCCACUGACAUGUCGGCUGUGGCCCCUCCCCCUGGUGGCCAGGAGCAGCCCAAGACGACUCUCUGGAUGGGCGAGCUUGAGCCUUGGAUGGACGAGAACUUCAUCAAGGGCGUUUUCCUCUCCGCCGCUGGUGAGACCGUCAACGUCAAGGUCAUCCGCGAUAAGAAUUCUGGUAACGCUGGCUACUGCUUCGUGGAGUUCACCACUCCUGACGCGGCCACCAAGGCCCUUGGACUGAACGGCACCCCUGUUCCCAACAGCUCCCGUCAGUUUAAGCUUAACUGGGCUUCUGGUGGCGGACUGGUUGACCGCCGUGACGACCGUGGACCCGAGUACAGCAUCUUUGUCGGUGAUCUCGGCCCCGAGGUUAACGAGUACGUCCUGGUUUCUCUCUUCCAGGCUCGCUUCCCGUCCUGCAAGUCCGCCAAGAUCAUGACGGAUGCCAUGUCCGGCCAGAGCCGCGGCUACGGCUUCGUCCGCUUCUCCGACGAGAACGACCAGCAGCGCGCCCUCGUUGAGAUGCAGGGUGUGUACUGCGGCAACCGGCCCAUGAGAAUCUCGACCGCCACGCCCAAGAACCGUGGCAACCAUGGUUUCGGCGGCCACGGCCAGCAGGGCGGCCCCAUGAUGGGCGGCGGCAUGCCCCAGCAGCAGAUGUGGGGAGGCAUGGGCGGCUUCCCCUACGGUGGUGGCUAUAACCCUGCCACCCAGAUGAACCAGUUCACGGACCCCAACAACACCACCGUCUUCGUCGGUGGCCUGUCCGGUUACGUCACCGAAGACGAGCUCCGAUCUUUCUUCCAGGGCUUCGGCGAGAUCACCUACGUCAAGAUCCCCCCUGGCAAGGGCUGCGGCUUCGUCCAGUUCGUCCACCGCCACGCUGCCGAGAUGGCCAUCAACCAGAUGCAGGGCUACCCCAUUGGCAACUCGCGUGUGCGCCUCAGCUGGGGCCGAUCCCAGAACAACUCGGGCGUUGGAACCCCCUACCGCCCGGCGCCUCCUCCCCCUCACUACAUGGGCAUGCCCGGCCAGCCUGGCCCCGGUCCCUACGGCCCUCAGCACUUUGGCGGCCCUGCUCCCGGCCUUCAGGCUCCUCCAGGCCCCCCUGGCCCCGGCCCUGCCGGCCCGCCGCAGUAAAUGACGAAUCUGCAUUGACUUGUUGACGACCGGCUGGAUCAUUCAGACCUAAGCAAACGCUGGGGCACUCGUUUUGAUGUUCUUUGGUUCGUGGCGGCCUUCCAUAUUUGGGAGAGCAUUCGCCUGGUGAGACGUUGAGGCGUUGGGGCUGAAUCCUAUCAUCGACACGUCGGAUGACAUUUUUCAACACUGCUCUGCACGGCUCUAUGAACGCUCUCGAUUAUUUUCCCGAGUCUCGAUUACGACCGGCGUUGGAGAUUUUAGUCCUCCGGUGUGGAUGGUCAGCAGUCAAUUUUACAGUUUAUCUGCUUUAGCACGUUUGCUUCUUUCCUUGUGCAUGCUCGGUUGUUUGCGUACUUCUGUAUGAUUUCACUGGUGAUGAUAUCUCGUACUUUCUUUGAGCUGCUCUGGAGGGACCAACGUUCCGCCCUAGCCUGUGUCUCCCUAGACACUCUUUUAGUCGACGGUACGGAUGGCUGCCUGACCUGAUGGGGUCUCUGAUCUCUCUCCUGAUAUUCUUUCUAGCACGCGAGUCCUCCCUCGACUUUGUUCCGUUUCCUCGUCUUCCUUCUUAUCGCUACUGUAUCCAUACCGUCAUGGCGUGUGCUGCAUCAACGGCGAGCCUAGUCUUUCCUUUGUCCCCUGUCUUGUCCUGCUUCAGCGCGUUUCGGACCCGCUGUCUCCCUUCGUGUACGAUUUGGUGGUCUCUGGACAUUAGGCGUUGAUUUGCCAUUCUGAGCGGGAAAGUGUUUUCCCCGUCUCUCGUUGAGUUGCAUAUUGUUAAUGAUAUUGGCCUGGUGAAUAUGGAUGGGUCGGCCUUGAUGGGCGGCGUUUUCGGGCGCAGAGUCUUGUGCUGUCGAUGUUCAUCACGGCACGCAUCAACGUUUUUUCUCUUUCUUAUCUCGCUUGAUCUCCUUGAUCUAACUUAGUAUAUCCUUCUGCUUAUGGUUUUAAGACGACGUGCGUCGUCUGAGAUGUAUUUGGGCGUUUGAAAACUUGGGAAACAAGAUUGAAGAGGCUAAAAAGGACGGUACAUGUAUGAAAUGAAAAGAAGAAGCAGCAAGAGAGAAUAAGUUAUGGACCGGAAAAGGG